GGGGUACUUGGGGUCCGACCGCGGGUGGGCCCAGGCCAUGGGACCGCCCUGGGCGGGCGGCAGCGCGGAGUGGGCGCCCGCGCGGCUGCCCCUCGUGCUCACCGCCCUGUGGGCGGCGGCCGUGGGCCUGGAGCUGGCCUACGUGCUGGUGCUGGGUCCCGGGCCGCCCCCGCUGGGACCCCUGGCCCGGGCCUUGCAGCUCGCUCUGGCCGCCUUCCAGCUGCUUAACCUGCUGGGCAACGUGGGGCUCUUCCUGCGCUCGGAUCCCAGCAUCCGGGGUGUGAUGCUGGCCGGCCGCGGUCUGGGCCAGGGCUGGGCUUACUGCUACCAGUGCCAAAGCCAGGUGCCACCACGCAGCGGGCAUUGCUCCGCCUGCCGCAUCUGCAUCCUGCGUCGGGACCACCACUGCCGCCUGCUGGGCCGCUGCGUGGGCUUCCACAACUACCGGCCCUUCCUGUGCCUGCUGCUUCAUGCUGCUGGCGUCCUGCUCCACGUCUCUGUGCUGCUGGGCCCUGCCCUGUCAGCCCUGCUGCGGGCCCACGCGCCCCUCCACACCGCCGCACUUCUCCUGCUGCCCUGGCUCAUGCUGCUCACAGGCAGAGUGUCUCUGGCGCAGUUUGCCCUGGCCUUCGUGACCGACACGUGUGUGGCGGGUGCACUGUUGUGUGGGGCUGGGCUGCUCUUCCACGGGCUGCUGCUGCUGCGGGGCCAGACCACGUGGGAGUGGGCGCGGGGCCAGCACUCUUAUGACCUGGGCCCCUGCCACAACCUGCAGGCGGCCCUGGGGCCCCGCUGGGUGCUCGUCUGGCUCUGGCCCUUCCUGGCCUCCCCACUGCCUGGGGACGGGAUCACCUUCCAGACCACAGCUGACGUGGGACUCAUGGCUUCCUGACUCCAGGAAGAGCCAGAGCUGUACAGGGAGGGGGAGCAGAAGGAGGGCUCAUAACUUAUUUGAGGCUCACCCCAACCGUGGGAGGGGAGGCGGGUUGGUAUGUAACGCCUGCUUUCGGCAACUCCAGCCCCAUCCUUGCCCUUGCCCCUGCCCCGCUUGGAUUCCUAGUGUCCAGGGCUUGGGCCCUGUGACUACUCUGCCUCUACCGGUGGCCCCUGAGUACAGUGGAGGGUCUGGCAAAGGGCUGCUCAGCCAGCCUAGCUGCCCCUUUGCAAAGUUAAUAAAGCGCCCACUUGCCUCUUGGACUCCCUCCAUCUUUGUGGGUUUCUGGUCCCUCACUGUUGCCUGUGCCGCUGUUUUGGUUCCUCUGAUUGUCAGGCCUGGGAACCACAGAAUGCCUGAGGAUCUGAGGGGCCAGGGCUCUGCCUCCCAGGGCCUUAGCGGGGUAGGGGUGGGGGCACCAGUGGGCCAAGGCGGCAUGUAGUGAUUCAGGGUCUGAGAAUCCAAAAUUCUUUCCCAGGUUCAGUGCUUUAUAGUUAGAAGCAUUUCUACAACAGCAACGUCAGUGAACCUCCCUCCAGCUAACCUGGUAUACUGGGCAGCAAUUAUGCGGGUGAAGAACUUAAAGCUCUGAGAGUUGAUGUGAUAAGAUCAUGGGGCAGUAAAUGGAGGUUCAGGAUUUGAACCCAGAUCUCUGUGCUUUCUCCUUCACCCUUGCACAGCCGAGGGAAGUGAGCAGGAAGACUCUAGGCAGAGAAACCAGGGGGGGAUGUUCAGGCAUCUGUGAGGGAGGGUGCUGAGAGGGCUAUACUCCUCCUCUCUUAACCCCUUCAGGAGUUAACCAUUUUUAUUUAAAUAUAGUAAAUAGAAUUCCCGUUAAAUGUGGCAGGUUUAAACACAUGGGUUUAUCUCUGUUUCCUCUUAAAAUCUAAAAUGACAGUAAAGAAAUAAAAAAGAUAUAAAUUUAGAAGGACAAAGAAAGUAGGAGGGAGACAGCUGUAGACCAAAGAGCCUAAGGACAUUUUGAAAGAUGGAAAGUGGAGAGAGGUUCAUUAUUCUCUUAGCAGAGAAUUGGAAGUUGAAAUUAAGUGCUCCCAGAGGGAGGGGCCAAGAGGCAGCCAGAUCGCCCCCCAGAGCCCUGAGAGGCACAGGCAUUCCACCAGCACCAUGGAAGGCCAGGUUUGGGGCUGACAGUAGGGACUGGUCCCAAGUCUAUAUGAGGAGCAGCUAGGUUGCCCCUCCCCCCGGGGCCCAUCUCACCCCUUGCAGCCAAGCAGCUAGCCCCCUGGGGUGGAGGUGGAGGCUCUUCAAAGAAGCUUUGGGUCUCAGGGGCACUGGAGAGGGUGGGGAUGAGAGGCUGGACCAAAAAUGGGGUUAAGUGAAAGUCUACAGAUCCUGCUGGGAGGGGGUCUUCCAGUGACAGGCAGGCUUGCCCGCCAAGAACCCUGAGAAGCCCACCCUUCUGACAGGCCGUGCCCACGCCCACAAAGGUUUGAGCUGCUAGGACUUCUUUGUUUUUCCAAAUGGCAUGCUCUAUUACUAUUUUUUAAUUUCAUUAGGAACUUGGUGUGCCUGGUGCUUUGUGCUGUUCAUAAGCAUUGGCAGACUUCCUGUUUGCUCUUCGGCUUUACCCUCACCCUCCAGAAUAUCUUUUCUUGUUUUUUUUAUUAAAUAGUGCGGAGGUGCAAGAGAGUAUUCGUAAAAUAAAGAGGAACACCACCCACCCCACCCCCACUUAAGAAAUGGAUACCAUUUCCUUUGAAGUCCCUGCUGUGCCCUUCCCUGGUAGAGGAAACAGGAGCGGUCUUAAUCAUUCCCUUGCUUUGCUUUGUAAUUUUACUGCAUAUGUUUUGUAUUGGUUUUGCAUGUUUUUGAAUUUUAUAUAAAUGGAACCAUAACCUGUUUAUUCUUCUGUGACUUUUCACUCAAUAUUAUGUUUCUGAGAUUUAUCCAAAUUAAUUUGUAUUAGCUGUAGGGAAUUCCUUUUCCUUGCUGUAGAGUGAUCCAUUGAAUAUAUCACAAUUUAUCUUUCUAUUUUGUCCCACUGGUCAUUUUAUUUACCCCUGUAUAUGACCUUCUAAGAUCUAUUCUUGGCCCCUGCCCUUCCAUAUAAAUUUUAGAAUCAGCUUGUCAAGUUCCACCAAUAAAAACCCCUUUGAGGAACCCAACUGAAUCUAUAGAUCAGUUUGGGGGAAAAUCGACAUCUACAUGAAAUUGGGUUUUCCAGUUCAUGAACAUGGUAUAUCUCUCCAUUUAAUGUUUUCAAUAAAGUUAUACUUUUUCUCAUAGA